UGAUGGAAAAAACUCACCUUCCUCAUGAGCUAAUCAAAUAUAUCUUCCAUGCUUGAUUGUUGGGCUCGAAUAGACUAAAAGAUGUCAAUCUUUAGCCUAUAUAAAGCCCCCAAUCCAUCAAACAAGAUCAUCAAUCCAUCCUUGAAGCUUAAAUUUUACUUUUUAUAUUUUCUUUUUGCAUUCUCUUGAAGUGUUGGAGAAGAAGCCAUUUCUCUCCUCUACAAUUGGUUCUAGGUAUUAUUUCUUGUAUGUCAUUGUAUUUCAUUGUUCUUAGUUACACUUUUGUAAUUAAUAUGAGCUCAAGGAGCUAAUUUCUUAGCUAAGGCUAGGGAUGAACUUCUAUGCCCACUAGGUGUUUGAUAAAAGUUCUAAACCAAUAAAUUGUGAUUUAUCCUUUACAUUUUGAUUGUUUAUGACUAUGGUGUACAACAUAGAAGUAUGUUAAACUUAGUUUAUGCUUGCAAUUAACGUUGAGGUCUAAACUAUGAACAUUAAAGGAUAAACAUAUAUAUUACCGAGAAUAGAAAUAUAUCCGGUAUUAUAUGAUACGAGUGUGAUGUCUUGAUAUUCAACGGGGUUUUCGGUAGAUGAAUGUAAGCCGUAACGGGACUUACACGUAACGAAAACCACGCUCUCGCUGCCUUAACAGGAGUUGAGAAUAUAUUAGCGACAUCGUAUUCAUAAUUAUUGGUAAAAAACUAAUAUUCAACCCUAUUAAAGCAUUUAAGUGAUUCCCGAAGCCUUAGCCGUUGUUAUCUUUCAUCUUAAAUCCGAAUUAAUCAAGGUUAUUUCCUUGAAUUAAAAGUGAUGAAAAGCCAAAAAUAUAAAACACAACUCAAACUCCUUGCACUUUACUCAUUUCAAAUAUUUAAAGUUAUCUACUCUCGGACUUGAAUUAAACAACGUUUCCCUGUGGAUUCGACCCGGUAUUUUACCGGAAUUUAUUACUAUAUCGGCACUUGUACACUUGCAAGUUCAGCCCGGUCAAGUUUUUGGCGCCGUUGCCGGGGAAACGGUCUUGUUUAAUAAAGUUCACAAAUAUCAUUUUUUUUGCAUUUCCCUUGUUGUGUAGUAGUGUUAGUUUUUUUUUAAACAAAAAUGCUUUGUCAUACUCAUAAAAGUUCAAGGAUCUAAGUAAAACUUUGGUCCCGAAGUUGAAAGAGUGUGCAAACACAAAAAAAAAAUAUCCUUCACUAAAUGAGAUCAAGAUGCCCAUUGUUGCUUAUAACCCACAUUUUCAAGCUAGAGACAUAAAGUUCUCUAGAGUGAAGGAAACAUCGGUAAUAACUACUACAACUCUUCUAAUCAACAAAAGGGGAACCAAGACAACAAUUGGAAACCGCAAGGGAGUUCUUCAAACUUUCAGUCCACCAUGGAAGAGAUGAUGUUUCUUACUACAAGUAUUCAAGCUCAAAAUGAAAAACAUUAUAGUAGAAUUGAGGCAUCCGUUGAGAAUCUCCAUUCUCAAUUUACCAAACUUGACAUCCGAAUUGAAAAUCAAAACACAAUUCUUAAUCAAAGGAUGGACAACCUCGAGCGAGAUACCAAAAGCUCCUUCCACACUCUACAAUUGCAGAUUGACCAACUUGCUCAACAAGUUACUAUAGCAGGAAGUACCAUGGUCAUCACAACGGAAAGCAAAAGAGGAAAGGAGGAUCUCAAAGUUCCGGAGAGCAAGAAGACCUCAGACAUACUUGAAGUACACGACGGGACUAGAAAGCUAUUUGUGGAAGAUAAAAAUGACAUAUUUCAUGUGUGGAGAGUACAACCCACUCUAGAAAAUUUCUUGAAAUCAGAAGCUAAUGUUCUCACGCCUCCAAAUGGUAGAGGAGACCUCUUUUCCAUUCAAGAAGGAUACUCCAACAAGAAAGGAGGACAUAAUCGGGAUACGCCAAAAAGGUACAUUUUUUACCCGGGUGAUACUCUUCUCAAUAUUGAAAAUAAUAGCUCCGCAUCCUCGGCUCCCCCGCAAGAUUUUAAAAGAGAGGUCUUACUAGCUAAACGCCUGCGGGAAUUCAGCUGCACAAAAGAGGCAUCCAAGGUGAAGAAAUUGCUCGAGGACGAGCAAUGCUCAAGUGUGGGGGGAUUUGAUAGCCGUUAUAUUUACUUGUGUUUAACAUAAGUAUUUAUAAGUAUUUGUUGAAGAAAAGAAGAGAAAUCGGGCAAAUACCUCCAGAAUGAGAGCUAGAUCAUAAAACAUUGCGAUGAACGACUUUUUGGACCAAGAGAAUGAUGUUCUGCCCAUAAUUUGAGUAUAACGUAUUCUAUAGAACUCAAAAUCACUCGAUUCGAGUUUCAUGUGAAUGCUAACUCAAUAAGGUACAAAUGUUAUGAAGACGUCAUGACCAAAAUAUGAAAGGAACAAGACUCAAUCAACCAACAAAGUCAGAUGUUGCUGGUGGGAUUUCAGGAUGCAUACCUCUCAGUGUUUUAUCCAUAUCUCUUGAUUGGCUGAAUAAAAUCAUGUCAUUCAAGUUUUGUUGGAUAGAAGACUUCAUUAUAUACAACUUUGGUGAAGGAAUCAUGUCCAAAUGCGUAGCGGAACAUCCCCAAAAUCCCAGGACAAAACCGGCGCCGGAAUUUGCACCAAACCGGCGCCCGUUUGUUGAUUUUCACAUAUACACAAACCAGUAGCUUACCCGGCGCCGGGUAGGCCUUAUAACCGGCGCCGGGUAUGUCAAAAUUUCAGAUUUCCCUGCGCACAAUGAAGAACCGGCGCCGGGUAGGCCUGAACCCGGCGCCGGGUAGGUCUGAUCCUGCAAAUACAAAAGAACGUGCUGAAAUAUUUUGAUGGAAAAAACUCACCUUCCUCAUGAGCUAAUCAAAUAUAUCUUCCAUGCUUGAUUGUUGGGCUCGAAUAGACUAAAAGAUGUCAAUCUUUAGCCUAUAUAAAGCCCCCAAUCCAUCAAACAAGAUCAUCAAUCCAUCCUUGAAGCUUAAAUUUUACUUUUUAUAUUUUCUUUUUGCAUUCUCUUGAAGUGUUGGAGAAGAAGCCAUUUCUCUCCUCUACAAUUGGUUCUAGGUAUUAUUUCUUGUAUGUCAUUGUAUUUCAUUGUUCUUAGUUACACUUUUGUAAUUAAUAUGAGCUCAAGGAGCUAAUUUCUUAGCUAAGGCUAGGGAUGAACUUCUAUGCCCACUAGGUGUUUGAUAAAAGUUCUAAACCAAUAAAUUGUGAUUUAUCCUUUACAUUUUGAUUGUUUAUGACUAUGGUGUACAACAUAGAAGUAUGUUAAACUUAGUUUAUGCUUGCAAUUAACGUUGAGGUCUAAACUAUGAACAUUAAAGGAUAAACAUAUAUAUUACCGAGAAUAGAAAUAUAUCCGGUAUUAUAUGAUACGAGUGUGAUGUCUUGAUAUUCAACGGGGUUUUCGGUAGAUGAAUGUAAGCCGUAACGGGACUUACACGUAACGAAAACCACGCUCUCGCUGCCUUAACAGGAGUUGAGAAUAUAUUAGCGACAUCGUAUUCAUAAUUAUUGGUAAAAAACUAAUAUUCAACCCUAUUAAAGCAUUUAAGUGAUUCCCGAAGCCUUAGCCGUUGUUAUCUUUCAUCUUAAAUCCGAAUUAAUCAAGGUUAUUUCCUUGAAUUAAAAGUGAAAAGCCAAAAAUAUAAAACACAACUCAAACUCCUUGCACUUUACUCAUUUCAAAUAUUUAAAGUUAUCUACUCUCGGACUUGAAUUAAACAACGUUUCCCUGUGGAUUCGACCCGGUAUUUUACCGGAAUUUAUUACUAUAUCGGCACUUGUACACUUGCAAGUUCAGCCCGGUCAAGAAUACUUUUGUGAAUAAGUGUUCUUAUAUAUACCCACUGUUCUAAAAAUCGGCCUAGGCGGACCGAUUAAUCGGCCUAGGCGGCCUAGUCGGCCCUAACCGUAGAGGCCUAGUCGGCCUAGUCGGCCAAAAAAUCGGCCUAGUCGGCCAAAAAAUUGGCCUAGUCGGCCGCCUAGGCGCUAGGCGCCCCACAACCGCCCGACUAGCGCCUAGCGAGUUUUAGAACAAUGUAUAUACCCCUUUAAUAAUUUUUUAAAAAGUGAACACUAAGCUUACCCUUUAAUUAGAGUUUUUGAGAAAUUAAAAUAUUACGAUCUAAUGGAAAAUACAAAUUUAUGCAUCUCUUAAUAAUUUGAUAAUUUUGUAUAAAGUCGAAUUUGACAAGAUGCGUGAAUUUUUAAAAAUUAAUCUCCUCUAUGAUAAAAACAAGGAAAAAGGGUCAAAUAAGCCCAUGUACUAUAGUAAAAACAUCACUUAAACCCUUCUACUUAAAAAAGGAUCACCCAAAUACAUAUGAGAUUGCAAUUCAAGCCAGGCACGUAUAGCACGUGAUCGAGUGCCAAACUUCGAGACAAAAAUACACGUCCUUCCACUGUGGCUGCCACUGUCCGUCCAUCAGGUAAACCAACUGGACAAGCUUGAAUUUGAGCACGAUGUGCGAGACAUGAUACAUCCCCUGUGACAUGAUGAGAUGCCCCAGUAUCGAGUAUCCAUGGUAAAAUAGAGCACGUACCUGACAUUCAGUCCCCCGAAUUAUUCUCAACAUUAAUUAGUUUCAGUAAAGCCUGGACUUGCUCCGCAGUAAUACCAUCAAGGUUGUUGACUGACUUGCUGGUGGAGGCAAACUCACUGCCACCUGCUGGCAGCAGAGCCGGGGACACAGCAUGAGUUCGAGCAGCCCCCCCCCCCCCCCCUCCACGAC